AUGAGCCUAUCACAAGAAGAAACAGGGCUCUAUAUCGCCUAUGGCGCUCUUAUGGCUAUGGCAACAGUGCCAAUCUAUAGUGGAUCGAUCGCUUCCCUUCAAGGAAUGAAACGGCCUGCCAACGCGCCAAAGCGGAAACCAAGUGAAUCGCCCCUCGAUGACUCUGAUGACGAAGACGAAUCUGUAUCCGAAAGCUUGUCCUCAAGUGAUGCGUGGAUGUUCCCUGUCAUGGGCUCAGCUGUGCUCUUCUCCUUGUACCUCAUGUUCCGUUACCUCAACACCGACUAUAUCAACUACUUGAUCACAGGCUACUUUUCGCUUAUGGGAUGCAUGGCCGUAGCAAAGACCGGUCUCUUGGUGACAAAAAAGGUGGUACCCGUAAGCCUCUUGAAGGGCAACGUAGACAAGUACAAGCUGAUCUUGAGCAAACAAGGCAAACGCAUGACCCAUGUUAGCUUCACCGUGGUGCAUUUUAUUCUCUUGGGUGCAUCAGCAGUGCUCACCGCAUAUUACAGUCUUACCAAGAACUGGAUUGCAUCCAAUGUCUUUGGUUUAUGCUUCUCCAUCAAUGCCAUUCAACUCCUCUCAUUGGAUUCUUUCAAGACUGGAAUGAUUAUGCUCAGUGGUUUAUUCUUUUAUGACAUCUUUUGGGUAUUCGGCACUGAGGUCAUGGUGAGCGUUGCCAAGAACUUUGACGCACCUAUCAAGGUUAUCUGGCCUAGAAACAUCAUUGGCUACGUACUCGGUGCUGCUGACGAAGAACACAACUUCACUAUGCUUGGUCUUGGAGACAUCGUCAUUCCAGGUAUCUUUGUGGCAUUGUGCCUUCGAUUUGACCGACACAUGUCGUGGAACCGCAAUCCUACCGGUGAAUUUCGAUCUUUGGCAUUCCCCAAGCCCUAUUUCAAGUCAUGUCUUGUUGCCUAUGUUCUUGGCCUUGCUACUACUAUGGGCGUUAUGCACGUGUUCCACGCAGCUCAACCCGCUCUCUUGUACUUAUCCCCUGCCUGCAUUCUCUCGGCACUUAUCACCGCUGCUGCUCGUGGUGAAUUGAAGGACUUGUUUGCAUACACCACCGAAGAAGAGGAAGAGGAAAAGGAUGCCAAGGAAAAGGAAAAGGAACAAGAAAAGGAAUCGAAUGAUGAAAAGGAGCAAGACCCUGUGGAGGAAAAGGAGCCUGAAGAGACAUCUAUUGCUGAUGAUGAAGGCGACGAUGACUAUGUUGCAGUUGGCAAUGAAAAGGGAUCCAACAAAAAGAAAAAGGGCGGUAAAGGUGGACGCAAGAAAAAAUAG